AUGGCGGGCUACCUCACGGAAUCCGAAGCGGUGUCUGACUUGAUCGGCAGCACGGCGCUGAUCACCGGCCUUGUGAGGUCGGCGGAGUUCAACGGGAAGCUGUGCCGCAUCGAGGCGUUUGAUCCCGAGGUGCGGCGCUAUGUGGUGAGUGUCUUCGUGGAGGGGGGGCCCGUGCCUGCCAAGCUUCGCCUGGACGCUGGGCCCGGCAAGUAA